AUGCGCACGGCCGCACCCAUGCAGCAGUCUCAGACUGAGUCGGACACGGACUAUGCGCAGACCGACAACCCCUCGUAUGGCUACAGACGAGACAACAAGGCGCCCACUGAUGACAGCGAUGCCAAUGGUAAAGGUUUGUGCAGGAAGUUGUGGCUAACCGUGGGUUUUCUGUUCGUCAUGGGCAACGCCGUACUGCUGGCAUAUUUUGCAGCUAAGGUGAUGGCACUUUCUGAUGAGAUGGCCAAGCUUACGUCAAAGGACAGACUGGCGGAGCUACUUCACACGGAACUUUACCGAACUGGUGUGUCUCCGGCCUCUUUGGGGAGUCUGGGACCACCUGGUCCCCCAGGUCCCCCUGGUUUACCAGGGAUUCCUGGUAACCCAGGACAAAAGGGGCCCAUGGGGCCAGGAGAGCCUGGGUUUCCUGGACCUCCAGGAGAAAGGGGACCCAUGGGGCCGGCUGGCCCUGUGUCUGUGGGGCCUCCUGGACCUCCGGGAGAGAAGGGCUCCAUGGGCCCAGCAGGCCCUCGGUCUGCCGGAACUCCCGGUCCCCCUGGACCUCCCGGAGAAAGGGGACCCGUGGGUGUAGCUGGACCUGGGUUUCCCGGGCCUCCUGGACCUCCAGGAGAAAGGGGACCCAUGGGGCCAGCUCGACCUGGAUUUCCCGGGCCUCCUGGACUUCCAGGAGAAAGGGGACCCAUGGGGCCGGAUGGGACAGGGUUUCCCGGACUUCCUGGACCUCCUGGACCCCGAGGAGCCCGUGGACCCAUGGGUCCCCAUCGAAUGGCCGGUCCACCUGGACCUUGUGGAGCCCGUGUUCCCACAGAGCCGGAUGGGCCAGGGAUUGCCGGGCCUCCUGGACCUCGUGGGGCCCAUGGACCCCGUGGACGCAUGGGCCCCAAAGCAUUGGCGGGAUCCGUGGGCCCACCCGGCUCCAACAGCAUGUGUCUGGAACCUGUCGGACCACGCCAACAUCGCCAAAGUGCCGCACGGUUCAUGUCGGAUAAAGGUUAUGCGUGGCGGCGUGGAAUCUACUACAAGGCGUUCAACACCCCGGCGAACUUCGGGGACGCUACCCUGCACUGUCGUCUGGAUGGUGGUACACUCGCCAUGCCCCGGGACCCGGCCACCAACGAAUUCCUCAUCUCUCUCAAAAACCACGUCAACUCCGAGUCCUGCUUCUGGUUUGGCCUGCACGACCGGCGCAGGGAAGGACGCUUCGAGUGGAUGGAUGUGACCUAUACCUAG